GCAUUUGUUUGUCGUUUUCCAUGUUUGUGUAUCAGUAAGACGUAGCUGCAUUGAAGAACCAAUCGGUGCUCUUAUCCUUAAAUGCAUCAGAUCGUCAGAGGUGACCCACGGCAGUCAUGUCCAAGCGACGCGGCGAGGACGAGGGCAGCAAGCUCACCCGUAUCGCCGUCGUCAACGCCGACAGAUGCAAGCCCAAGCGGUGUCGGCAGGAGUGCAAGCGCUCCUGCCCAGUGGUGCGCAUGGGCAAGCUGUGCAUAGAGGUGACGCCCAACGACAAGAUCGCCAUCAUCUCUGAGGAGCUGUGCAUUGGCUGCGGCAUCUGCAUUAAGAAAUGUCCGUUCGACGCCAUCAACAUCCUGAACCUGCCCAGCAACCUGGACAAGGAGACGACGCACCGUUACUCGCAGAACUCGUUCAAGCUGCACCGGCUGCCGAUCCCGCGGCCGGGCGAGGUGCUGGGCCUGGUCGGCACCAACGGUAUCGGCAAGUCCACCGCGCUCAAGAUCCUCGCCGGAAAACAGAAGCCCAACCUGGGCAGGUUCAAUGAUCCGCCGGACUGGACGGACAUCCUGACGUACUUCCGCGGCUCGGAGCUGCAGAACUACUUUACCAAGAUCCUGGAGGACGACCUCAAGGCCAUCAUCAAGCCGCAGUAUGUGGACCAGAUUCCCAAGGCGGUGCGCGGCUCUGUCCAACAGCUCCUAGACAAGAAGGACGAGAUGGGCAACCAAACGGAAAUCUGCGAGGCACUUGACUUGAACAACGUGCGGAAUCGCAACGUGGAGAACCUGUCGGGCGGUGAGCUGCAGCGGUUCGCCUGCGCCAUGGUCUGCAUACAGAAGGCGGACAUCUUCAUGUUCGACGAGCCCUCCUCCUACCUGGACGUCAAGCAGCGUCUGCGGUGCGCCAUCACCAUCCGAAACCUGGUGUCGGAGAAAAAGUACGUGAUAGUGGUGGAGCACGACCUGUCGGUGCUCGACUACCUCUCCGACUUCAUCUGCUGCCUGUACGGCAGACCGGGCGUCUACGGCGUCGUCACCAUGCCCUUCUCCGUGCGGGAAGGCAUCAACAUCUUCCUGGACGGCUACGUGCCGACGGAGAACCUGCGCUUCCGCGACGUCUCGCUCGUCUUCAAGGUGUCCGAGUCGGCCAUGGAGGAGGAGGUGAAGCGGAUGGCCCGCUACACGUACCCCGACAUGAAGAAGAAGAUGGGCGAGUUCGAGCUGACAGUGCACGCCGGUGACUUCACCGACUCCGAGAUCCUGGUCAUGCUCGGCGAGAACGGCACCGGCAAGACCACCUUCAUCCGCAUGAUGGCCGGCAGACUCGCGCCGGACGAGGGCGCCGAGGACGUGCCUCAGAUGAACAUCAGCUACAAGCCGCAGAAGAUCUCGCCCAAGUCGACCGGCACCGUGCGUCAGCUGCUGCACGAGAAGAUCCGCGACGCCUACAUCCACCCCCAGUUCGUGACGGACGUCAUGAAGCCGCUCAAGAUCGACGACAUCAUCGACCAAGAGGUGCCGAACCUGUCCGGUGGUGAGCUGCAGCGGGUGGCCAUCACGCUCUGCCUGGGCAAGCCGGCCGACGUGUACCUGAUCGACGAGCCGUCGGCCUACCUCGACUCCGAGCAGCGACUGGUCGCUGCCAAGGUCAUCAAGAGGUUCAUCCUGCACGCCAAGAAGACUGGCUUCGUGGUGGAGCACGACUUCAUCAUGGCGACGUACCUGGCCGACCGCGUGAUCGUGUUCGAGGGCCAGCCGUCGAUCUCGACCGAGGCCAACUCGCCGCAGACGCUGCUGGCGGGCAUGAACAAAUUCCUGUCGCAGCUGGAGAUCACGUUCCGGAGAGAUCCCAACAACUACAGGCCCAGGAUCAACAAGAUGCACUCGGUGAAGGACACCGAACAGAAGAAGGGUGGCAACUACUUCUUCCUGGAGGACUAGGUCUGCUCUGCUGACCGCGGUGCUGGGCUCACACUCGUACCGAAGCCACCCCUGAUCUGACCUGACGUGACCUGACGUGACGUGACGUGACCUGACCUGACCUGCGGCUUCUGAAGCCCUGCACCGUCUGACGGCGCGCCGGUGGCGCAAUACA